AAAGGGGGCGUUGCUGGCAGGGAGACUAGCUUGUGUGAGAGAUACAGGGUGGGUGUGUGAAGGUAGGCACACGCACCUCUGGUUAGAUGACACCGGUACUCUGCUGGAGGUUGGCACUCCAUCUUCCUGCUUCUGCUAGUGCUGCAUUAACGUCAGUAAAGACUGGCACCCGUCCGUUAUCCUGCACUAAGAAAGAAGCCUCUGAGACGCGACACUGAGCAGCAUCCUACCUCUAGGAAGGAUCUCCCUCCCAACAUACACUAUUACAAGCCUAUGAAGCACGCUCAAAACUAACUCCGAUCGUGAAGAGGGCCUCUAGUUGCGACUAGACAGGUUCAAGGAGUCCCCGUUCUCUGAGGAACUAGGUGGAGAUGGCGUGGACGAGCAAACAGCUCCUUCUGGCUCUUGUCAUGGUUGUCACAGGUUCCAUCAACACACUCUCUGCCAAGUGGGCAGAUCGCAUACAGUCUAUCAACAGGAAUGGGGAAAAGACCAAUUUCAACCACCCGUUUUUCCAGGCAGAUACAAUGUUCAUUGGAGAGAUGCUUUGUAUGGUGACCUACUACCUACAACGCCUCGCCUUUCGCAGGACUCAUCGUCACACCAUAGAAAUGGCUCCAGGGCACUAUGAGCCUAGCAGUUACCCUCGGCUGGUCUUCUACCUGCCCGCCCUCUGUGACAUGACGGCCACCUCCAUGAUGUUCGUGGGCCUCACCCUCACCUUCGCCAGCUCCUUCCAGAUGCUGAGGGGGGCGGUGAUCGUGUUCACGGGGCUGCUCUCCGUGGCGUUCCUGGGACGCAGUCUCCGCUACUACCAUUGGCUGGGCAUCUUCACAGUCCUUGCUGGUCUGGUGGUCGUCGGCCUCUCUGACUUCAUCAGUUCCUCCGAGGAUACUUCUGAUAUUAACGGCAUCAUCACUGGAGACCUGUUGAUUGUGAUGGCGCAGGUGCUGACGGCGACGCAGAUGGUGGUGGAGGAGAGGUUUGUGACCAAGUACAACGUGGCCCCCUUGCAGGUCGUCGGAUGGGAAGGCGUGUUCGGGUUCCUGACGCUGACAAUGCUACUCGUGCCCAUGUACUACAUUCCCGCCGGAAAGUUCAGCGGCAACGACCGAGGGGUGCUGGAAGACUCCAUUGACGCCUUCGUCCAGCUGUCCAACAGCGGCCUCCUGGUGGGGGCCAUCAUACUGAACGUCGUCAGCAUCGCCUUCUUUAAUUUCGCUGGGGUGAGCGUGACGAAGGAAAUCUCAGCCACCACCAGGAUGGUCCUCGACUCCAUUAGGACUCUGGUCAUCUGGCUCGUCUCCCUGGCCCUCCACUGGCAGAACUUCCAGUACCUCCAGCCAAUAGGAUUUGUGGUGCUGGUGGUGGGGAUGAUGCUGUAUAACGAUGUGGUGAUUUUGCCCUUCCUCCGCCGGAGAGGCCUCGUUCGUAGCCAGCACGCAGACAUCGCCCCGAUCAACGAACCCACGGACGAAGUUGAUGGCAUUGACAAUGCUGGCGGCAGCGUUGAUCCCUUCUAAACCACAGAUGCGACUUCUGACUUAAUUCCCUGUAGCCUGCUGCUGUAUUUAGUAACCACACACACAUGUGGAAUUGGA